AUGUCCAAAGCAGAUGUUGUUCACGAUGAAGUGGCAGAGCAUCAGACAGGGAAUAAACACGUCGAUAAUAGUGGAAUUGUACGCGUCGCCUUGACCGAAGAAGACAGCAAGCGCAUUUGCCGCAAGACUGACCGGACGAUUCUUGUUAUACUUUGCUGGGUCUACUUCUUGCAGAUCCUCGAUAAGACAGUCCUGGGAUAUGGUGCAACAUUCGGUUUGCAGAAAGACACUGGCCUUACCGGAAAUGAAUAUUCUCUCAUCGGCUCUAUUUCACCCAUUGCGCAACUUGCCUGGCAACCCUUUUCUUCAUACCUAAUUGUCAAGGUUCCCCACAAAAUCCUAAUGCCAUCGCUAUGCCUUGGUUGGGGAAUUGCACAGACAUGUAUGGCUGCUUGCCACAACUUCAACUCCCUGAUGGCCGCUCGAUUUUUCCUCGGCCUAUUCGAGGCCGGCUGUCUUCCUCUCUUUGGCGUCAUCACGAGUCAGUGGUACCGCCGCGCAGAGCAACCGAUCCGAAUCGCUGCGUGGUAUAGUACAAAUGGCUUAGCAACCAUUGUCGCAGCCGCUUUAUCGUACGGACUGGCACAAAUAGAGUCGGAUGUGUUCAAACCAUGGCAGAUUAUCUUCCUCGUCGUCGGCCUGAUCACCGUUGCGUCUGCUCCAAUUGCCUACUGGCGCUUGGACAACGAUAUCACCACAGCUCGAUUCCUCACGGAGGAGGAGAAAGCUCAAGGAAUGGAGCGCCUUCGGGCGAACCAGACUGGAACCGGAAACACCGAGUUUAAGUUCAGUCAUGUCCUCGAGGCUGCCUUGGAGCCCAAAACAUAUCUGUGGAUUGGAAUGGCAAUGCUCCUCAACAUUGGCUCCAGCGUGACCAAUAUCUUCGGUCCACUGAUCCUGAGCGGCCUUGGAUACGAUAAAUACAGGACAACUUUGUUGACAAUGCCAUUUGGCGCGUUGCAAUUCAUCAUCAUUCUGGUGGCAAGUUAUUUUGCCCAAACUGCUCGUCUUAAGGGUGCUAUCAUCGCGGCUUUCAUGCUGCCUGUGAUAGCUGGUCUAUCAAUUUUGUAUGCGGUCCCUCGGACACAGUCAGUGCAGGGGCAGUUACUUGCUGGGUACUAUCUACUUGCAUUCUUAUUCGGCGGCAAUCCACUGAUUGUGACCUGGAUCGUCGGCAACACGGCAGGCACCACAAAAAAGUCCGUCCUGAUGAGUUUGUUCAAUGUAGCAAGCUCAGCAGGAAAUAUUAUUGGCCCGCUGCUCUUCGAUCAGAAGGACAAGCCGGCCUACCACCCAGGCCUACGCGCGUGUCUUGGCAUUUUCGUCGCUUUGGCCGCUAUUAUCUUCAUUCAGUGGGCCAAUCUAUGGUUCCUCAACAAACAACAAGCCCGUCGCCGUGUACAAAAUGGCAAGAGAGCUGAAAUUGUUGAUCUCUCCAUGCAAAAUGAUUACCACGGAAUGCAGGAUACCCUAGAGGAGGCUGGACACGAGACUGUGCAAGUUGGGGACAAUGCGUUCCAAGAUCUCACCGAUCGGGAAAAUGAUGAAUUUGUUUAUAUCUAUUAA